CAUGACAGUCUGCUUGUGCUCGGGAGUUCUGCAUUCGCUUGGACAGUGCUGUGAUCACUUUGUGGUUUCUAAUGACCAGUGUGGGAAAGGAAACUUUUUCUGGAAGUCAGUUUUUUUUCUUAAGCUUAAUAAAUUCUAGAUUGUUCUGGACCAUGUCAGCUGGGAAGACUGCUCUUUUUGAAAACAAAUUCCGUUUCCUAUCUUCCAUGUGUGAUACAGGAGUGACUACAGAACCCUCCAUGAAGAGGCAUAUUUUCAUGCCUCAGUGAGAAGAUUAACUUGUAAUUUCAAAAAGUUUAUUGCUGAAGCUUCCUCCUUUUUUUUUUUUUUUUUUUUAAUCAGAAAUCAGAGCAGUAUCCUUGAGAAAUGCAUAAAGUUUGCUGAUGUUGGUAACUUUUAAAAUACACGUCUUCAAGAUAGCACAACUUCUGAGUUGCUUUUUAUACAGAAGCUUAUUACGUAUACUAUUGAAAUAUUUAUAGAAGAACAGCUAAUUAAGGAAUCAGUUUUAUUUUUAGUAUAGAGUGACAGAAUAUAGUAUGAAGCAAAAAUUAUUUAACUUCUCUUGUGAGUUUCAGGGAAAGCUGGUAGAUUCCUGUUAAAAUGGUGGUUAAAAUGUAAUCUUGUCCUUUCUCAUAAACGAGAUGUCCCUAAACUGACAGUUUUAUCCACUGAAUGUAGGCUGCUGCUAAAUUUGUUUCUUUUUUGACUGCUUAUAUUUUUCUGUCCCCUUAUAAAGUUGGCUUUUUUUUUUUUAGGGUUUUUUUUUUUUUUUAGGUUUAGUUUGGGCAGGAGUUUUUAGCAGGAUUUUUGUAAAGUCUGAACUAUCAUUUUGCUGGCUUAAUGGUAUUGCUAGACUACUUGUUGUCCUGUCCUUUUUUCUCCCCAUGUGUAUUUCUUCUUAACAACGUCAAAUGAAUUUCAACUGAAAUUUCUGUGUGAUUUAAUGAUUUUUUUUUUCCUUCCCAUUUCACUUCCCGUGCUUUGCUAUAGAAAGCCUAAUUUAAGCUUACUCAGUUCUUUUUAUUUAGCAUCUCACUUUAAAUUUUGAUAGCCUUUCUGUCAUACUCUGAAAUGGUAAGGUGUGAGGUAAGGCAUGACAGAAGUUCAGGACACAAGAGUGAUGUAAAAGAAAGAACAAUUUUGUCUUUUUUUUUUUCUCCUCAUGUUUUUAUCAUACCCUCUCAUGAUAGGUGGAAACUGAAAGAAUACUUCUUAAAGACUUUUGCAAUUCUACUUUGCAUAGAAGUGUUUCGAAUGCUUUUAAAAUAGUAAUUAUAUUGGAAAGUAGCAUUUCUUUUCAAGGAUGCGAGGAAGAUAAGCGGUAGAUAUAACUUGCAUCAAUUAUAUGGUUUAAGCAGUUGUACCAGUAUGGAUGAAAUGCAUUGACAUGACUGACAUCUUGGCUCAGCUGGAUCACCUAAAGUUGUUGAUAGUUUUUCAAUGACUGAGUUUAUGUGAUCAUGAGGUAAUGCAGGGCGAAGAUACCCUUUCCAUACCACUUUGUUUCAUGUUGUUCUUUCUGGGAAGAGAGAAGGUAGAAAGGAUGAAAAAUACUCUUCAGUGCUCUCUUUAAAUGCUUCUAGCUGUGCAUCUUCUUAUUCAGAGAAUCAAUAACUGAAGCUGCAGUCUUUAGAUUUUGUGUUUACCUACAAUAAUUUCUUUGGCUCCAAGUUUCACUUCUUGGUGAAUCAUUAAUCCCAUUUCCUGGUAUGUGCUUGAGGAAGCCACCACAUCUUAUUCUGAGGAAGCACACUGUUAUGAUUGAGAUUUUUAAAAAUUAUUUUAGGUGGGUUUUUUGGUGUGGUUUUUAUUUGGGUUUUUUUAGGUUGGUGUUUUUUUGUUUUUGUUUUUGGUGGUGUUUUUUUUCUUUUUAGUUUUGCCCUGGGAAAAGUGUUAUUGACAGAUGUAGCAUUUGUUUUGAAAGGGGAGUCUGAUCUGAAGAAUAUUAGGAAGUUAGCUGACUAUCUUCCUAGAGGCUGUAGUGACAGCAAAUCUAGUUUGACAUGGUCACAGUGAGUAUCUGCCUAUAAGUUUGUAAGGGUGAAAGUAGCAACUGGACAGUUGCAUAAUAAAGCAGAAGGCAUUAAAAUACAUACUGUUUUAUAAGAUAGGUGUGGGAUGAGAAGCUGAGUUUAAGAAAUGCAGUCUGAUCUGUGGCCCUUAAAUUACUGAGGAUCUUUAGAACAGAAAGAUAAGAAAAUGUUGAGGAUCCAGAGAGAAAUUUUAGUCUUUUCUCUCUUAAGCAGUAUUUAAAUUAAUUUCUGUGAUAACGAUGGAGCUAAGAUCAGAAUGUAUAGAUUGCUUAAAGACUAGUACAGAAUUGAGAGAUUUUAAUGCUUUGGAUAAUAGAGGUGUCUAUUUUCUCUCAUUAAAUAUGACGUACUAAGGAAGAAUGUUAACUAUUUAAUUUUCUCAUUCAUGUUGCAGAUUGGAUGUAAAUUGUUUAUGCAGAACAAUUGGGUCGGUCUGUGAUAUAGGCUAAGAUAUAGCUUGUUAGUUAUUUCCUUAUUUUAGGAAGUAGAGGAAGAAAAUUCUUUAAAAUCUCCCUUUGACUCCUUGAAGCUCUGAAUCUCUUAAUUCCUGCCUGUAGUCUUGCUGAUAUAAAUCUUACUAGGUAUUUUUUCAGUGUCAUCCUUAAGUCCUUAAACUCUUGCAGAUUAUUGUGAUUCCCUUAGUCUCUCCUUUUGAAGCACUGUAGGAGAUAUAACUAGGUGAUCUAUGUUGAAUCAGAAGAUGAGAUGUAAUUGCCUGCCAAUGACAGACACAGUAUGCAACUGCUAACAGGUAAUCUCUCUUUAGCUGCAGUUUACAUCUACAGUUACUUUGUUUGAGGAGGUUUGAAAUGUGUAAGAACUUAUGCUGUCACCUCUGUCACUCCAAUUUUAAAGUUGUAUGUUUGUGAGUGCAGCCCCUAAGGGGCUUAAACAGUUCCAAAAGGACUUGACCUACAUGAAAUGAUGUAAUAUUUGCUUUUGGCAACAUAAUACAGAUUUGUUGUCAUAACUGAUGCUAUUAGAAACUCUUACGGGUGGUGUCAUAAGAUGCUUCAGUUGAAUAGAUAAGGACACUAAGCUAACUUUUACAUUGUAUGGGAGUGGUUGGGUCCUUGGUAUUUUUGGCACAUCCCAACACUUCUAGAUUGUGCAUUAUCUGGUUUUUGGUGUGUGUUGGGUUUUUUUUUCUUUUUUCCCUCCCCCCCCUCCCCCAAGUUUCCAAAGUUGUUGUUGUUCAGGAAUUGAUCUUUCAAAUGUAAAAAGUAUGGACAACACAGUAUCCUCAUGAAGGAGUGACUGAGGAGCGUGAAUUCUUUGUCUUUUUAUUGAAGGAUGUUUUCUAAAUCUGUCACAUUAAAUGUUUUUCCAUAUUGCUGAUCACUUUUACUAGGGAGGGAAGUGCAAAUAAUUCCCAGAGAAAUCAGUAAUUGUUGCAGGGGAUGAAGUGUAAAGGGAGGAAUUAAGGAGGCUAUCAAACAACGAAGAGUACAAAGGUAGAGGCGAGGUGAUUAAAAAGCAUGUUAGUGGUUCUAAAAAGAAAUGUAUUUUUUUAUAGUGAACAGUGGAUUUCAAAUGUAAAAAUAAAAACAAAAUUUGGUAAUAUUUAAGUGCACAUACAUACUUUUAUUUUGGUGAAAGUCAUGUAGCUAGAUCAGCAGAUAGCCAGCUUAAUAAGGGUAACCUGUAACGCAGACCUGAUUAUAUUGUCCAUGUGUCACAGCCAAGCUUCGAAUUUGGCCUUCAUUGAUAAGUUUGGCAGGCCUAUCAUCCCAAUAGGUGACGUUCUCCAUGUGUCCCUUGUCCUUUUUAUUGAGGUAAAGGGGAAGGGUAGCGUAGCUGUAAUACUUGUUAGUAAGGAGUCUCUCAGGUUCCAUUUCUGGUGGAUUUACUGUCUUGAAAUGUGAGGACAGCAUCCUUUGAAAAGAACUUCAGCCUAUUUGUACUGAAGAAUUUAACUGCAAAAGAAAAUGCAAAUCUGGACAUAGGCAGAGUAAGAAAUAAAUUGAGGAAAAACAUUGUGAGGAUAGGCAGGAGGAGAAAUUAUUUGAAUAAACAUGAAAUUUAAUACUUAUGGGAGGGGAACUUGCUAUGCAUUUUUUUAUUAAGAAUUUUGCACAUUUUUUGUGAGGUUACAGAUGUAUAUAGCAUACUAUUCUGUAGGGGUUUCUUAUAGCUGAGCUCCCUAGAAAUGCUGUACACUAUAAAACAUGAGGAAAUCCUAACCUACUCUUUGUUUGCUUGUUUUCCUAGUUUUUCUCUUGUGUGCAUUACCAUGCAAGAAAAAAACCCUCCUGUCUUUACUUUUAUUGGAUUGCUUUGAACUGUACUAUCAUACAUCUUGUUUUAUAUGGAUUAAGUUGUAUGCAAGGAAAACAGGAUAACAAUGAGGAAGAAAAAGUAGGAAGAAAAUAAUUUAUGUUGCAUAUAUCUAUGUGCAUGUAUUAUGUGAGUAAGUAUGUGCAUAGAUAGGUUUGACUGGAAAUCUUUGGCCAUUCUGUUGAACUGCGAGUGUCCUAGUAAUAAUGUGUAGGAAUAGAAUUUGGGAUAUCGAUACUGAGGAGUACAUAGUUAUUAUUUUAGGGGGAAAACACAGUUAUUGUUAUCAAUACUUUAAUAUAUUUAUGCUAAUUAGUUUUUAGUGUAUCUGUGUAUCUUACAGAAAAAAUCUGAAAGGGGAGGAGGGUAGCUUUGAAAAUACAGUAAAACACUGAGAACUCAGUAAGCUUAUUGUUAGAACAUAGACACUUAUACAGUUUUAAAGAUUUUUUUUUUUAAAAGUUGUUUUAUAAAAUAGUGUCUUGCACUUUACCUGCUGGCUUUUCAAUUUGGUAGAUAACAUCUGAACUCCAGCAGAGUUUUAUAAUCCCCACGUGCUUAAAUAUACUAAAUGUUCUUUUUCCAUUAAGGUUAAUGUUCGUGAAGAAAUUGAAGAGUUUUUUCCAAGAAUGUGGAAGAUAAAUCAAGAUAAAAGAAGGCUAAUGAAAAGAGUCUCGCUCCCAGUCAAAAUCUCCAGCUGGGAGUCCUGCUCGUGUAAAAUCGGAGAGCAGGUCAGGAUCUCGCAGUCCAUCGAGGGCUUCCAAACAUUCUGAAUCGCACUCUAGGUCAAGAUCAAAAUCAAGAUCCAGGUCCAGAAGACAUUCGCACAGACGUUACACUCGUUCCAGAUCCCAUUCCCAUUCUCAUUCCCAUAGGAGACGUUCUCGAAGCAGAUCGUACACGCCAGAAUACCGUCGUCGAAGGAGCCGUAGUCAUUCUCCAAUGUCCAACAGGAGAAGGCACACUGGCAGCAGAGCUAAUCCAGAUCCUAAUACGUGUCUUGGAGUGUUUGGUCUCAGUUUGUAUACUACUGAGAGAGAUUUGCGUGAAGUCUUUUCCCGUUACGGACCUUUGACUGGUGUCAAUGUGGUUUAUGAUCAACGGACUGGACGAUCAAGAGGAUUUGCUUUCGUUUAUUUUGAGAGAAUUGAUGAUUCUAAAGAGGCAAUGGAGCAUGCAAACGGUAUGGAGCUGGAUGGCAGGAGAAUUCGGGUGGAUUACUCAAUCACCAAGAGAGCACAUACGCCCACCCCAGGCAUCUACAUGGGCAGGCCAACACACAGUGGAGGAGGUGGUGGCGGUGGAGCAGGUCGUCGCCGUGACUCAUAUUAUGAUAGGGGGUAUGACAGAGGAUAUGACAGAUAUGAAGAAUAUGACUACAGAUACAGGAGACGAUCACCAUCGCCUUAUUAUAGUCGGUACCGAUCACGAUCAAGAUCCCGUUCCUAUAGUCCAAGGCGCUACUGAAGAUCAGAAGAGUUACAGUUGAGGACAUGAUUUUUAAAUACAAAGUUCAGAUCUUAGCUUCCCUACUGCUUUCCCUCCCAUCUUCCCUUCCUUGUUCUCCAUCCAGCUCUUUUACAAAUCUUUGGUUCAUUUAGAAUAUACAUAUUUUUCAGUUGAAGUAUUCCUGUUUUCCAUCCCUCCUUAUUGUAAUACUCUUAAAUAUUGUAAUUGUUGUAGUUUUUGUGUAGUAAAACAUCUUAAGCAAAAUGAAAUAGCAACCCAAAGUGCUGAUACAUUUUGGAAGUCAUUCCUAUUUUGUUUUUAAAACAAUUGGACUCCUUGCUAAUCAGAAGAGAGCAUUGAUAUUUUUAAAGCUUGCAUGUCAUAUGUAAUAUACACACUCAGAUACUUUAAUAUAAACCUGCAUUUCCAAGUAACUUGUUAAUCUUUCUGUUAAAAUGUUUACCUAUUACUUUGAUAAGUAACAACUUUGAGCCUUUUCUGUAAUGACAAAUUUACUUAGAUAGUCAUGAACCAGAGGAUGUUUGGUUGUUUUUGGUUGUGUUUUUUUUUUUUUUUUCAGGUAGUUGCUCUGAGUGUAGACUAUUUGAGCUAGAGCAGUUUGG